AUGAUACUCGACAACAAGACACAAAUUAUGUUCAUCUUCACUUUUGCUUUCAUCUCUUCAUCAUCUUCUUCAACUACUUUCUUUUUCAUAUUACCUCUUAUGCAAGGGAAUUUCAAUGUAUCUAAAGACGUCAUGUUGGAGGAUUACCAAGCACAACAACAACAACAACAACAACAACAACAACAACAACAACAACAACAACAUAUGUGUAGUAGAAGGGGAGGUAAAGGAAAAUUAUACCAAGAUAUGUGCAAAGUCAAAACAAACAAGCUGAAAAACUCAGAGUCUGUCAUACAAACUUGUAUGAGUACGGCACAAUUCUCUCAGUUCGAUGAUUUUGACUUUUCACAUAUUAUUUAA